AUGAGAAUAUCGAGACUAGGGAGUGCUUGCGAUGAAAACAAAAAAGAUAAGUUGGAGAAAGAGUCUAAAAUAUAUGGGGAUAUUGUUAUUUUGAAUAUCACAGAGAACAUGAACGAUGGAAAGACAUUUGAAUAUUUCAAAUGGUUUGCUAAACAUAGAGAUGAUAAUUAUAUGCUCAAAUUGGAUGAUGACACUUUCCUCCACCUUAUUCACUACUACCGUGAACUUCAAGACUUACCGAAAGAACGUGUAUACUAUGGCAAUGCUCUAGGACAUUAUCAAGGAACAUACUCAUAUAUGGGAGGCGCUGGAUACACACUCUCCCGCGACCUUGUUGUAGACAUUGCUGGAUCACACUGGGCUAGUUCAAAUGUCAAAGGUGAUGAGGACUGGCGAGUGGGUGAGUGGGUAUGUCAUUUGUCAAGGGAGAAGAAGUACUUCGUGCACUAUGUUGGCUUUACUGAGUGGGUGUCUAGCCGUCAAAAUCCCAUCCAUGACUUUAACGAGAAGCUGGACCUCCAUUUCUUUGUCGAGACUAUCUUGGUCCAUCAUAUAAAGGAUAUCAAGAAAUUGAAUGUCAUUAAAGAUUUGUACUCUGAAUACGAAAAGGGAUUGCCAAUGAUUAGAGUCAUUCGGAAUUCAACAACCGAAGGCUUGGUUACAAAAAUGGAGCUUCCUACAAGAUGCUGGUCUACACUUGAGAAAGAACAAAUGUUGAAUCAAACGAAAGAUCAGAUAUGGAACCAAACAUCGCAGAUUGCCUACAAGAACUGGUUCUAUGAAGCUUGGGGUUUUAAAGAGGGAAAAUGGUAUGGACAUUAUGGACCUGUGGAUAACAUAACGAAUACUAGAUAG